AUGCUAAACAAACAGCAGGCAGAGGCCCAUGGGGCGUAUGACUCUGAACAAGCAAGCCCUCGCGCGGUGGCAUUCGACGAGGAAGGGGAGGUUUUCAAGAAGACUGCUUCUGGGGUCAACUUCCGCCAGGUGGGUUGGUUCAACGCGACCGUGAUCUUCAUCAAGAUCCUUUUCGCAACAGGGGUGCUCUCGCUGCCGUCGGCGCUGUAUUCGCUGGGAGCCGUGGGGGGCUCGAUCAGCAUUGUGGCCUGGGGAUGCUUCAACACGUACUGUUUUGUCAUCCUCGGGAACUUUCGCAUGAGACACCCUCACUGCCACUCGAUUGCCGACAUGGCCCAGGUGGCCGGGGGCGUGGUGGCCAGGGAGGUGACCGGCCUGUUGUUCAUCAUUGGCUAUGUGCUGGUAACGGGCAGCGGCAUCGUGGGCGUGUCAACGGCGCUGAAUGCCCUCUCGCACCACGGAGCCUGCACCGUCUGGUGGUCAUUUCUGGCCGCCGUGGUGAUCACCGCAACGGCCUCCAUCCGCAAACUUGAGCACGUCGGUUGGUUGACCUACGCAGGAUUCCUGUCCAUUUACGCCGCCGUGCUCAUUGUGGUGAUCGGAGUGACCACGCGAGACCGGCCAGCCGCUGCACCACAGGAAGGCCCGUACGAGCUGGGCUUCGUCGCCAUUAACAACCCAGGCUUUGCCGCCGGCAUGGUCGCCUCCUGUACCAUUUUUGUCUCCUCAGCCGGUACCAGUGCCUUCCUGCCGGUCAUCUCCGAGAUGCGGAACCCGAAAGACUACAAGAAGCCGCUGUAUGUCUGUAUGGCGCUGGUCACCGCAUCGUACCUCGCCUUUAGUUUGGUCGUCUAUCGCUGGUGUGGGAAGUGGGUGGCGAGCCCAUCGCUGGGGAGUGCUGGACCAACGAUCAAGAUGGUGUCGUAUGGUGUUGCCUUGAUUGGACUGAUCGUGAGCGGCACCCUCUAUCUGCAUAUCGCUGCAAAGUACGUCUUCGUCCGGAUCCUCGGGAAUUCGCGCCAUUUGCAGGCCAACACCAUCGUUCAUUGGGGCACCUGGUUCGCCAGUACGAUCAUCCUCGGCGCGCUAGCGUUUAUUCUGGCGGAGGCGAUCCCGAUCUUCAAUUACCUCAUUGCGCUCGUGGGAUCGGUGUGUUUUGCCCCUCUGGCCAUGAGCCUGCCAGGUUGGUUAUGGUUGUACGACCACGGCCACUACAGGAAGGGAACGUUGAUCCAGAGGGUCGCGUACCUGCUGCAUUGCGGCCUGGUGAUUCUGGGGCUCUUCUUCCUAGUUGGGGCGACGUACGGCGCUGUUGUCCAGAUCGUCGACGCAUAUAGCUCCGGAGCAAUAGGAUCGGCAUUCAGUUGUCGCGAUAACUCGAAUUCGUCUUGA